GCAUUUGAGCGUUUAACCGCCGGCAGGCGAGAGUGUUCUUGUAUUAUUUAUUUAUUUAUUGUCGAAGACUUUUAUUAUUUUCAAGAUGUUGUGCCUGUGCCUCUAUGUGCCUGUCCAUAUCGAUCAAGUCGAGGUGGAGUAUUUUGAAUCGAAUGGAUUACCGUCCGAGCUCAAGUCGCUCAAGUCCCUCAGUGUCCUUCUGCCGUCGCAGGAAUUUUCUACAUACCGAAAAUGGAGGAAGAAAACCAUGAAGACUGAAGUGAAAGAGCAUGAUGGAGAACUGGAUUUUGAAGAGUUUGUGCACUACCUCCAAGACCACGAGAAAGACCUGAAGCUUGUCUUCAGAAGCCUGGAUAGAAAGAUUGCUGGUCAAGUGAACGCCAACGACAUUGUGAACUCCCUGCGAGAUCUUGGCGUCCAUAUUUCCCUGCAACAAGCGGAAAGAGUUCUUCAAAGCAUGGACAAAAACGGCACAAUGACUAUUGACUGGAAUGAAUGGAAGAAGUAUCCCACAUUGCAGCCUGCCGAAAACAUUCCCGAAAUCAUCCUGUACUGGAAACACUCAACCAUCUUCGAUGUGGGUGAGAACAUGAUGGUCCCAGAUGAGUUUACCUCAGAGGAGCACAUGACAGGGAUGUGGUGGAGACACCUGGUUGCUGGUGGAGGAGCUGGAGCCGUUUCCCGAACUUGCACUGCCCCGCUCGACCGUCUCAAAGUCCUCAUGCAGGUGCAUGGAUCUCAUGGAAACAAGAUGUGUAUUGUGAGUGGUCUCGCACAGAUGAUCAAAGAAGGAGGGAUGCGUUCGUUAUGGAGAGGCAACGGCAUCAACGUCAUCAAAAUCGCGCCCGAGUCAGCCCUUAAAUUCAUGGCUUAUGAGCAGAUUAAACGGCUGAUGGGAAGCAGUCAGGAAACUCUGGGGAUCACGGAGCGUUUUGUAGCAGGUUCCCUGGCAGGAGUCAUUGCCCAGAGCGCCAUUUACCCCAUGGAGGUUCUCAAAACCCGUCUGGCAUUGAGAAAGACAGGCCAGUACAACGGCAUCUCAGACUGUGCCAAACAGAUCCUGAAGGGUGAAGGAGUGUCCGCGUUCUACAAAGGCUACGUCCCCAACAUGCUGGGCAUCAUCCCGUACGCUGGCAUCGACCUGGCAGUCUAUGAGACAUUAAAGAACUCGUGGCUUCAGCGCUACGGGACAGAUAAUGCGGAUCCGGGUGUGUUUGUGCUGCUAGCCUGCGGUACAGUUUCCAGCACGUGCGGUCAACUCGCAAGCUACCCGCUAGCUCUCGUACGAACACGCAUGCAGGCACAAGCUACGAUUGAAGGCGCAUCCCAAGUCUCAAUGACGGGACUCUUUAAGCAGAUCGUGAAGACCGAGGGCCCCACGGGUCUCUAUCGGGGUCUGACCCCAAACUUCCUGAAGGUCAUCCCGGCCGUCAGCAUCAGCUACGUCGUGUACGAGCACAUCAAGUCGACGUUAGGCGUGCAGUCAAGAUAAAGCCUUGACGAACGGACAUGAGGCAUAAAUCUCGAGGUUUUGCACCUUGAGGUGUGGAGGCCAUCUCAUUCUGUGAAUGCGAGCGAGGACGACAACGCCGUUAACAUCUCAUUAUUUAUUUAGCGCUCUAGACUGGUAAAAAAGAAGUUUGAAAGCUGAAAUCAGGGACCAACAUUUAUCGAUUUCAUGUGACUGUCGUGUUUUGUCAUGUAUGUGUAAAGUGCCACUGCGAGAAGAAAUCAAAUGCUGUUAUGAUCUAGUCGGGCAAUGCAACUGAAUCAACACUACAGACUACUGUGAAAUGCCUUAUUGCCCGUUUCUUACUAAUGCUGCUUUAUAUUGACUAAAGUAAUGUAUUUAUACAUCUUUAUAACCAGAUAUUUAUUUCUGUUGUGGCAUCUUAGAGUUUAAUGAAUGUGUUGCACAGAGUUUCAGAAGCCAGUGUUUUUCAGUAGUUUAACUUCUGUCUAAUUUAAUGUUAAUUGUGGUUAUUUUAAAUCGGCACACCGAUGUUCUUAGCUUUGCCAUCAUGUCUGGUUGAUUUGAAAACGAAUGCACUUUAAAUGCUUUAGUCAAUUAUGAAUGCAAUGCAGUUAGCGUAAAUGUUGUCAGAGCGUGUGAGUUUUGUAAUGGGGACCAUAUGUUCGAGUAAUAAAUGCACAUGAUAUGCUUACUUGCAGUAUUGGGGGUUUGGAGUACACUAAUUGCAACUUAUAAAUGCACAGGUUUGUUUGAGACUGUUUUGAUGUGAUUUGUGAAAAGCCUCUGGAGCACUGGGAAACUGCUUUAAGAUGGAUGUUCUUGGAAGUUAAUGAUUUGAAGUAUGAUUCAUUGUAACAGCAUUUCAGUCAAAGUGGCUCUUAUUUUAGUUUGGUUUUAGAUCAUUUUUUAAAAAAAAAAAAAAAUCUUUAAAUGUAAUUUAUUUUUUCAAUAAAAACCUAAUAUUCAAAG